UGUUCCUUACUUCAAGCUGAAGCCACUUGCUUUGCCCAGGCGUACUUUUGUAUCUAGCAUUUUGUUAAGAAAUAAGCGAUGGAUUGACUGUAUAGUUUUACAGCAGAUGGUUGUUGUUAAGGCCUGUCAAUUCUUUUGAUAAGUGUGCAUAAUCAACACGUGGAAACCGGUCUAUUAUGAACCCUUUUCCCCACAAUGCAAUGUGAAAAAUCUGGUAGCAGACGCUUUCUACAAAAAGUGAAAAAUGCGAGACGAUCAUUGUAGAAAAAUAGUUCAGAAGCAGGCUUAUGAUGUUUUGUCACAUAAAUAUGGAAUACUUAUUGUCAUUGGUGUAUUCAUUUUCAUCACGUUGACAUCUUUUUAUUUUGGAGAGACUGUUGUGGAAUGGAGUAAUGAGAAAUAUGCUCAGGUUUUCAAUUCCUACAGUGACAACAUAGCAGGGAGAUCUUACAGGGAAAGGUUAUGCUCACCAUUACCGAUUGAUGUGGUGUAUACAUGGGUGAAUGGAACAGAUCCCAAGCUGUUAAAUCAACUCAGAACUCUCAAGUUAAAUAUAGAGGAAGAACUUAAUAUAACAAGUGAUUCCAAAUGUGUUUUUACCAACUGCCUAGCAACCAAUAUGGUUAUUCUUGACCCUGUGUUGCCAAAGGAGAUGACCUUACUGAAGUUAUCAUUGGUCUACAAAGUGUUUGUUCAGGCAGAGAAGAUGUUUACAGUGUCCUUAGAUACAGAUGAGAAUGCCAAUUAUACUGUGAUUGUCUUUAAGGAAGACACUAACAUGACAGAGGUAUUAAGUCAGCCAAUAUUGGUACAUGAGAUAAAUACUACAGUGAGACGAGGUUACAUUACAACAGAUUGGACUGUACACAAUAGUAUUAUGCUAACAGAUACUGCUAUAAUGGCUGGAUUCCCUCCUCAAUAUACUGCUCAACAAAUUCAGACCAAACUACCAGACAAAAUAGCCAAAGGAAUUACAAAGUUUACAAUGCAUGAAGAUGAAGGCUUAGCUGUUAUACAGAUAUCCAAAAAAGACGAUUUUGAAGCAUUGGUGAAUAUUGAGAAUUUUACACUUGAAGGAAAGAAACCAACAUUUAGUGCUGCUAACUUAGUAUGGGACUUGAGAGAUUUCAGAAAAGAUUCAGAUAUAUCAGCCAGUAGAUUUGAGGACAAUGAAGAAUUGAGGUAUUCUUUACGAUCUCUAGAGAGGUUUGCUCCAUGGGUCAGACAUGUUUAUAUAAUAACCAAUGGACAGAUACCUUACUGGUUAAACAUGGAAAGCUCCAGACUUACUAUUGUUACACAUCAGGAGAUAUUCACAAACACAACACAUUUACCAACAUUUAGUUCUCCUGCCAUAGAGGCUAACAUCCACAAAAUACCUGGUCUAUCACAGAAGUUUAUCUACAUGAAUGAUGAUGUAAUGUUUGGUAAGGAUGUAUGGCCAGAUGAUUUUUACACCUACAGCGAUGGAUAUAAGGUAUAUUUAACAUGGCCAGUACCUAACUGUAAUGAGGGAUGUCCAUCAUCGUGGAUUAAAGAUGGCUACUGUGACAAGGCCUGUAACAACACUGAAUGUGAAUGGGAUGGUGGAGAUUGUCAUGGUAGUAAUGUACAGGCUGGUGCAGGUCAUUGGAGUGGUGGUGUUGGCUGGUAUAAUGAUCAGAAAGAACAUUGUAAUAAAGGAUGCGCUGAUUCCUGGCUGGCAGAUAGAUAUUGUGAUACUACCUGUAAUGUAAAACCAUGUGGUUUUGAUGUCGGAGAUUGUGGUACAUCUAAAUAUGACCAACUUAUUGGCUAUAAACUGGAGGCAAGUGUUACAGAAUUCAUAGUACCAAAAGGUGAGGUAAUUGUUUACUUCAACAUGACAACCCUGAUAACAGACAAAGGAAGUGUAGAAUCAGCAGAAUAUGAGAAAUCAUCAGUUGUCAAGGCAAUAGCUGUAGCUAACAAGUUCAAGGUCAUCACUAUGGUGUUCAAUAAAGGUCACAAUGCCACCAAACUACACAUUCAUCUGAAAGGACACUAUGCAAAUGUAACAGAGAAAUUCCAGUAUAACUUUACUGUGAUGGUAGAUACUACACAAGAAAAUAAAACUUUGGAAGUAGUACACACUGUAGAUAACGUAAAUAAAACAGCUUUAAAUGUAACUGUGGCGAAAGAGAUUGAACUACCAGUGGUGUAUGAAGUAGCAGAGGAACUUAUACAAGUAAAACCUAAGCCAGUAGAUCACAAGGCCUUACCAGAACAUGUUAACCUCACAAAUAUAGAUCUGCCAGAAUUCAUCAACAUACAAUAUGAAGCUCUGUUUAAGGAGAAAAAGGAGGGUGAUAUAACAGAGAAAGGUUUUAAGAUUGAACAGAUGACACUGUGGCUGAAGUACCAGGAAUAUCUGAGAAACCCUCCAAAGAAUGAUACAACACUCACUAAACCAGUCGUCAGAAAAUUACUUAGCUUUUUAGAGGUCCCUAUUCUUGAAAUGAAUCAGGAAGAUAAGGUACCAGUUUAUAGGAAAAAUGGUUAUUCAUACCAGACUUUAGAGGACAUGCUAAAAUCAGGAGGAAGAUUUACAGAUGAAGGACAUUUUCCAUGGGAAGAGAAAAAUGUAUUUGGAAAAUUUGAAAAGAUAAGGAGAAAAGAGGCCAUACAGAAACAAUACACAGAUGAUGUUUACCCCCCUAGAAGGAGACUUUUAGAUACAUUUGGUGAUUCACUACGUCAUGUCAAUAAGAUCUACAACAGAGAGUUUGGAUUUACUGCCAGGAAAGUCCCUGGACACAUGCCACACUUUGUUGAUAGAUCUGUCAUGUAUGAACUUCAUCAAAAGUUUCCAGAAGAGUGGGAUACCACAUCUUCACAUAAAGUUCGUAGUUCUGACGACAUGCAGUUUGCUUUCUCGUAUUUCUAUUAUAUGAUGGGAGUAAGACGUAAUGUGACAGCAGAAGAAAUCUUUGAUGAGAUGGAUACAGAUAAGUCACGAUCUUUAUCAGAUAGAGAGAUAAGAACAUUAGCAGCUUCACUUUAUGAUUUACCAUUGGAUUUAAAAACAUUGAGUGGAUUAGAAAAUAUUUUGAAAAAUUGUUCUGAAUACCUACCAGAUGAUAAAAAGAUUGAAAGACCACCUCCUACUGAUUUAGAAACCUAUUAUGACAAAGAUAUGCCACAAGCUACAAGAACUUUAUUCCUCAACUGUGAUGAAAUGGUGGAACUAAUCCAAUCAAAGUUCAAAUCCAGACAAAAACAUAAAUUUGUGACUUUGGAAGAUCAUGAGAUAGCAUUUAAAAUGAUAAAGAGUAACAUAUCUACUGUUGUUGGACAACUGGAUGAUCUCCGUAAAAAUCCUAAAAAGUUUAUAUGUUUGAAUGACAACAUAGAACACAAUAAACCUGAUGCACAAACAGUGAAAGCCAUAUUACAAGACUAUUAUGAAUCAGUACUGCCUAUACAGUCUCAGUUUGAGUUACCUAGAGAAUAUAGAAACAGAUUUUUACAUGUGGAUGACUUAAGACAAUGGAAAAGAUUAAGAGACUGGUUGAAGUUUUUUACACAUAUUGCUUUAGUGAUACUCGUCUUGUUUACAGUUGCAUCAUAUUUUGGUGAUAAGAUUGAAGCUUUACAGAAAAAAUUUAGACGACAAAGACCCUCGUCUGACGAAGGGAAAUUGAUGACCGUAUGACGGUUACUGCUCUGGAUAUUUACACCUGACAUCUUAAUGAUAGUUCUAAUAAUACUCCUAUUUAUAAUCAUAUCUCUUAUGGCCUUUGAAUACAGUAAAAGUUAAUUUUUAUCUACAGCUGAAAUUUUUAACUGCUGUCUUUAAAGAA